GCCCUCUGCUCUGGGUCCAGUCGCGUGUGCUGAUGACCAGCCCCCCUGCUCGAACGAGCUCCACUCUGACUUGGUCCUGGUCACUGGUCUUCUGCAGCUUCGUAGCUGUGGACCUCUGUCCGGCCGUGCUGUCUGUGCGGUAUCUGAACAUGUUUGGGCAUCGCAGCUGUCUCCAUGGCAUGUGGCACCUGAACAUAUCUCAGAGAUAUCCCUCUUCAUUCUUGGCCUCUGCCGUGUGCCUGCAGUUGGUAUUGCGACUUCGCCAAUCGUGGUUGCUGCCUGCAGCCUCCCACCACUGCUAGUGGUUCUGUUCCGGGCCAGCACAGAAGCACUGCCAGCAGCAGCCAUCUUUGCAGAAAUUGGCGGCCUCGUUGCAACGGUCUGUGCAUCUACAACACUGCAUCUGCUUCUAAGUUAUCGGAUUGAGCGCAGUCUGCAGUACAAGAAGAUGGAAACGGACUUCAACGCUGCAUCAUCUCUUCUGCACCUGACAUGCGACUCCGUCGUCGAGCUCGAUGCUGAUCUGCGAAUGACGGAGCACAAGGCUGCACUCUCCGCCAUGCUACUCCGGCGCAGGCCAGGAGCCACCUUGGCGGGCAUGGACUUCACCGAACUGCUGGCUGGUGCCGCAGAGGCCAGUCGUGUUGUGGAGCUGCUGCGCCGCUUUGAAGAUCGCCCCCCUGAGAGCGUGAAUGCCCAGGCCUUCGUAACUCACCUCAUGGACAGCGACUCCAACAGAUUUCGCACAGAAGUCUUUCAAGUCAUGUAUCACACACCGCAGGGUGUUGCAAGACAUCUCCUCGGCCUCCGCGACGUUACAGAUCAGGACUCCUUGUCAGGCAGCAAAGUCGUCGAGAGCUUUCACACUGCGCCACGCUCUUUCACGCCGAUGUCUGCGGGGGCAUGCAGUUCCCUCGACUCAAAACAGACGCAACUGCAGACAAAUGCUGUUGCUGAAGACAGGUGUCUUUCGCUCCUGAUCGACAUGGACCGUCCGAUCGUUCAUGCAUCAUCGCAGCUGAGCUUUUUAGAAGGACAGCUGGGGCGUACUGUCAAUGUUCAAGUUGUCUCUGCGGCUGGUGAACGAUCUUGCCCCAUUGGUGAGGAUUCCAUUGCCUACGGUGCCGCGGUCAGUGCCUGUGGCAAAGGGCUUUGCUGGCCAAUGGCGCUCCUUCUGCUGUGGCAGCUCCAUGCACAGCAGGUCGAGAAACAGGUCAGCGCUUGCAACGCAGCCACGACGGCCUGCGAGAAGGGAAGGCUGUGGUCAGAUGCACUGUAUCUGCACAAUGUCCUUCAUCAGUGGGCGCUGACGCCGAAUGUGAUCACCUUCAGUUCUGCUCUGAGUGCAUGCGAGAAGGGCGGCCAGUGGGCUCAGGCCGUCGGCUUGGUGCGCGACAUGACGGAGCAGCAGGUGCAGGGUAACAUCAUCUCUUGCAGCGCCGCCAUCAGCGCAUGCGAGACUGCAGGUGGAUGGCAACACGCACUUGCCUUGUUCGAGGAAGCUGCAGAGGACACCAACAUUGUUGCAUACAAUGCCACCAUCAGUGCCUGUGAGAAAGCAAGUCGCUGGCAAGACGCGGUGCAGCUGUUUGAGGAAGCCCAGCUGCAGCAGCUUCGAACCAACGUGAUCAGUUAUGGGGCCGUCAUCAGUGCCUGCGAGAAGGGAGGAGCCUGGCUUCUCGCCCUGAGCUUCCUCGCAGACCUCGACGAAAGGAGACUGGAGCGGAACCUCAUCACCUGCAACGCUGCCAUCAGCGCGU